AUGUCAAGGAUAAUAUUAGUUGGAGUUUUUUUAGUAGUUUCGAUAUCACGAGUUCUUGCACGUCCAUAUUUAAGUCAAUAUGAAGAUUUUGACAAAGACCCAGUACAUAAUAUGAACAAACACCAUCCGAAAAUUCAUGAUCAACUUGAUCUUCCAUUCUGGGUUAAAGUUGUUCUUACAGUUGUUUUGGUUCUAUUAGGUGGAUUGUUUGCGGAUGAAACAAAUCUUCAUAUUCUUGCUACAUCUGGAGAUUCUAGACAACGGAAAUUUGCCUCACGAAUUAAGCCUAUACGUAAAAAUGGACAUUUGCUUUUGGUCACACUUCUCCUUGUAAAUGUAUUUGUUAACGAAACUCUUCCGAUCGUCAUGGAUGACGUAAUGGGUGGCGGUGGCAUAACAGCAAUUCUAGUUUCUAGUGUGCUUAUUGUUAUUUUUGGAGAGAUUAUUCCACAAGCUGUUUGUUCUAGUGAUUAUCAUUCCUUAAUAAAUAUCAUUGCUAAUAAAAAUUUAUUUAGGCCUGUGAGAAUAUUGAUGUGGUCGACUUAUAUAGUCGCGUAUCCGAUAGCAAAAUUAUUGGAUAGAGUUCUUGGUGAAAAUCAUGGUAUAAUUUAUCGUCGUGCGG